AUGUUAAAUAGUCGUUUACCGCUAUUGCGACUGGGCCUAUACAGGAAUAUGUUGUCUCGUCCCCGAAUGACUAAACUGCCAUUCAUGAGGUUUCGAUCAUUAGUCACUCAUUCUUCAUCACAGCUCAUUCUUAUCAAUCCGUUGCACACACGGUCUCCUAUAAUUGGCAAAACACUAAUCUUAUCAUCCUUCAGGUACAUUUCAUCCAAAACAAAACUGCAGGCGCCUCUGCCUUCAGUCUCUUCAACAUCUAAAGGAUCAUCAAAGUCAGCUCAUUCAACGGAGCAAUCCAAAACAGAUGACUAUAAAGAUAUAAUACGGUUGUUUAUGUUAGCAAAACGGGACUGGAAACUGCUUCUCACUGCUAUACUUCUUUUAACUAUAUCAUGUUCUAUAGGAAUGUCUAUUCCCAAAGUCAUAGGUAUUGUCCUUGACACCCUCAAGACGUCAUCUGGCUCAGAUUUCUUUGAUUUGAAAAUACCUAUUUUUUCUUUACCCUUGUAUGAGUUUCUUUCCUUCUUUACUGUUGCCUUACUUAUUGGUUGUGCUGCUAACUUCGGUAGAUUCAUAUUAUUAAGAAUAUUAAGUGAACGUGUUGUCGCACGUCUGAGGGCACAUGUCAUCAAAAAGACACUUCAUCAGGAUGCUGAAUUCUUUGACAACCAUAAAGUUGGAGAUUUGAUUUCACGUUUAGGGUCAGAUGCGUAUGUUGUUUCCAGAUCAAUGACUCAAAAGGUCUCGGAUGGGGUGAAAGCACUCAUUUGUGGUAUUGUUGGUGUGGGGAUGAUGUGUUCCUUGUCGCCCCAAUUAUCAAUAUUGUUGCUGUUCUUUACCCCUCCGGUUCUUUUCAGUGCUUCAGUAUUCGGAAAGCAGAUCAGAAACACCUCCAAAGAUCUUCAAGAAGCUACUGGACAAUUGACUAGAGUCGCUGAAGAACAACUCUCUGGUAUAAAGACCGUCCAGUCGUUCGUUGCUGAAGGUAAUGAAUUAUCCAGAUAUAAUGUUGCAAUUAGAGAUAUUUUUCAAGUGGGCAAAACUGCGGCUUUUACUAAUGCAAAGUUUUUCACUACGACUAGUCUCUUGGGUGAUCUAAGUUUCUUAACGGUUCUUGCAUAUGGUUCCUAUCUCGUUUUACAAUCACAGCUCUCCAUCGGUGAUCUUACUGCAUUUAUGCUGUAUACAGAAUACACAGGUAAUGCGGUAUUCGGUCUCUCUACCUUUUAUUCUGAAAUUAUGCAGGGAGCUGGUGCCGCCUCCAGGUUAUUUGAAUUGACAGAUAGGAAACCCUCUAUUUCUCCCACGGUUGGUCACAAAUAUCAACCAGAACGCGGUGUUAUCGAAUUCAAAGACGUUUCAUUUAGUUAUCCCACACGGCCUUCCGUUCAAAUAUUCAAGAGUUUGAAUUUUAAAAUUGCACCAGGCUCGAGCGUUUGCAUUGUAGGCCCCUCGGGUCGCGGUAAAUCUACAAUUGCACUCUUACUAUUAAGAUAUUAUAAUCCUACAACAGGAACUAUCAUGAUAGAUAAUCAAGAUAUUACUAAACUUAAUUGUAAAUCCUUAAGAAGGCAAAUUGGUAUAGUUCAGCAAGAGCCUGUGCUUAUGUCAGGAACUAUUCGAGACAAUAUAACUUAUGGGUUGACAUACACGCCAACAAAGGAAGAAAUUAGAUCGGUAGCAAAGCAAUGCUUUUGUCAUAAUUUCAUUACAAAGUUUCCGAAUACAUACGAUACUGUCAUUGGUCCUCAUGGCACCUUACUGAGCGGUGGACAAAAGCAGCGUAUCGCUAUUGCAAGAGCUCUAAUCAAGAAGCCAACCAUUUUGAUCCUUGAUGAAGCUACAUCAGCUUUGGAUGUUGAAAGUGAAGGAGCCAUUAACUAUACGUUUGGUCAAUUAAUGAAAUCAAAAUCGAUGACUAUAGUCAGUAUUGCGCACAGAUUGAGUACUAUCAGAAGAUCAGAAAAUGUUAUUGUUCUUGGACAUGACGGAUCAGUUGUAGAAAUGGGAAAAUUCAAAGAAUUGUACGCAAAUUCAACAAGUGCUUUAUCGCAGCUGCUCAAUGAAAGAGCCGCCCCUGGACCAUCUGAUCAACAGUUGCAAAUAGAGAAGGUCGAGGAAAAAGAAGAUACAAACGAAGGUGAGAAACACGAUCAACAGAACAAGCAAGAUGAUGACAAUAGUCAUAAUAAUCAUGAUAAUGACAGCAAUAACCAAUCUUUAGAGGUAAAGGACAAAAAUUCAGAAAAUAUUGAAGAAUCUGUCGAACAUCUCUUGAAGGACGCGGCGAAGGAGGCUAAUCCAAUUAAACUCACCCCACAACCAUGA